AACAAGAAGAGUCAGCUGAUGGUGAUGGCUGAGCAGUGAGCAGCGGUGCCGAGGUGCUGAUAACGUCAUCGCCCCUCUGCUACUCUGCCAGCCUCCCGAGUGGUAAAAAUACACAGAUGCACACCUGAAAACACACACCUGCUCAAGUUUUCCUGCAUUAUACCCCUGUAAGACGUGCUGUUAUAGGGUUUGAGUGCUUAACUGGAAGACUUGCGGAAAUGUACAACAGCGAUCAAUGAAGCGCCACUUGACUUCAUCUAGUAUAGGACACAGUGCAUGAUGUCCAGUAGUACCAGAGAUCCAAGGUCAAUAUUGUGUGUUGGGCAUGUGUGUGUGGACCUGAUCAACCUGUGCUCUCACUACCCUGAAGAAGAUGCCAAGGUCGGUACCACCACCGCCAACAACAGGUAAAGGAAACACAAGGAAUAGACAAAUUCCACAGUGUGUGAUCACUGAAUGAUUAUUAAUAGCAAGUGACCAGGUUGUUUACUAGCUUCUUUUUUUAUAUGACUGUAUUAGCAACUUCUGGGAGUGACACAUCAGUCUGUUUAUCAGUUUGUUAUCUCCCAAAAUAAGUGUACAAACUUCAGUGGAUUAGAAACAUUUGGAAGACAGAAGUGCAUCUUGACAGUCAGAAUCAUGAGUCCCCGUGAGAACAUCUUGUGCGUUGGUUUGUGUUGCCUCGACAUCGUAAGUCAGGUCUCUCACUUCCCAAAGGAGGACACCGAUCAGAGAUGCCUGGAGCAGCGGUGGCAGCGUGGCGGUAAUGCCGCUAACAACAGCACUGUGCUGGGGCUGCUAGGGGCUAAGGCAGCAUUUUUAGGCACCAUCGCUGACUCCCACGAAAAGAGGUUCCUCCUUGAGGAUUUUGCCAAGUAUGGUGUGAACACAGAGCAAGCAGUAGUGUGCAAAGGGUGUGAGUGCCCCUCUUCCUGUGUCAUCCUGAGCCGUGCCACUGCCUCCCGCACCAUCAUCCACUCCAACAAGAAUCUUCCAGAACUCUCUGUGGAGGACUUUGCACAAGUUGACCUCACUCCAUACCAGUGGAUCCAUUUUGAGGGGCGGAAUGUAGCCAAUGUGGCCCAGAUGAUUAAAUUGGUGCGGGAACACAACAAAGGUCUUCCACGAGGUGAAUUCAUCACCACCUCUGUGGAGAUUGAGAAAGCCAAACCAGAACUGGAGGCUCUUAUUCCCCUGGCUGAUGUGGUGUUUGUCUCCAAAGACUUUGCUGCCUUCAAGGGCUACUCAAACAAGGCAGAGACCCUGGAGCGGGUGAAGGCUCUGGCGCAUCCUGGGGCAGUGGUGGUGUGCCCUUGGGGGGAGGAAGGGGCCAGUGCUUGCCAGGGCAGUGGAGUGAUGGUACACAGCCCUGCUUUUCCCCCUGCCAGUGUGGUGGACACCCUUGGGGCUGGUGACACCUUCAAUGCUGCCACCAUCUUUGCCUUGGCACAUGGCAGUGCCCUAGAAGACAGCAUCAGGUUUGGAUGUCGUGUAGCAGGUGCCAAGGUGGGAGUGAUAGGCUGGGAACCAAUGCGGGGCCUCCUUGGGUCAGGUACACUGCUGCUCAAGAAUGAGGCUUCUCUGGCCACCUGAUACAGGGAAGUUGGAGGUGGGGGAUUGGCUGCAGGCAAUGUUGAGGGUGUGGUGUGUGCAGCAUGGGUGUAUCUGCUGGUACUGUUGUUACUGUGGCAGGUGCUGUCUGAGGAUAGUCCCAGCUGGGGUCCUGAGGCACCAUCACAAUGAGGUGCUACCACACAGGAAACACUAACUGGUGGCUUUGGACCAUCAUGGGGAUGUUAAAUUAAUGUUUUGUAGUACUUCUAUCAUUAAAGUAAGGACCCUCCUGCACUGUGCCCAGCCACAGCUGGUGGAGGGUCCUGGUGCUGUAUUGGCUGCUACACUAGGUCAUGAUUAAUGGGUUGUCCUUAAUUUGCACUACAGGGAUCACCAGUCAGGAGACAGUUUUUACAUGUGCAGAAACAGCCUACCAAUCUUGUCAUGGCAGCCUGAAUAACUGUGUAAAUGAUUAAAGAAUUGAAUGUAUGAAAAAAUAAAUAAUUAAGAAU